AUGGCUAACGACGGCGGAGGCCAUGUUGACAUUAAUUCCGAUAUGAGCUCCUUAAAUGACGCUAUUGCGAGUCUGAAUCCAAGCGAUCUGCGAAAAAAACCUAACAUUGUUCCUAAACGCAGCUGGAAGUAUAACCCUUCACUAAAUCUCUCAGAAGCUCCUCUUGGAUCCAUCAAGCAGGGUGGCUCUGCUGCCUCUUUAACGGAAGGCUCGACAGAUGUUCCAGAGAGGCUGAAAACCAAAGGGGGUCAUGGUGGUAUCACCGUCACAGAUGGCGGACGGACACUGCACAAACCAACUUAUUAUGAAGAAAUCCAGUUUUACAGAGAAGCCCAGAAAAAAAGAGGUCCACUGAACGCUUUGAGACCUUGGUUACCAAAGUAUCACGGAUCCUUUCGGCAUCCAGCUAAAGAUCCAAACGGUAACAAGAAAUCUGAUCUCUUCACUCGAUCUUUGAAAUUAGAAAAUGUUCGAUACGGACUCGAGCCUGACACAAUCACCGAAGCUGAUACCAAAUUGGGUACACUAUUGUACAACCCCAAUGCAACUGAUAGCACGCCUGAGAACAUCAAGAAAAUGACCGAUUACGCUGAGAAAAGUACAAGUGCAACACAAGGUCUCAAUUGGAUCUGGAGUAAGAGAAGUCGAAGAAAUCCUCGUUCCUGCACGUGGGAACCCAUCACGGCAGACAUGUCAAUUGGAGGUUCAUUGAAGAGGGGAGAUUGGGAUUAUGAGAGAAAAGACGCACCGACGUUACAAGAUGUUUUUAACGCUUUGUACAAAACUUGUGAUCAAACCAGGCUAUACAGUAUUCAGGAACCGUUCGAACCUUUGAAAUGGGAAGAAAAUUUUCAAACAGCGGCAGACGAUCCUCAAGCAUCGGGAAAAGAUCCGCAAACAUCAGAACGUACUUCGAAACCUUAUCUCACACCUUACACCAAUAUAUAUGUAGCCACAACAACGGCAAACAAAAACACUGUAUUUUCAGAUGCCGAAUCUGCAGAAAUUGGAGUAUUGGAUUUAGUGUUAUUACGAUCGGAGCUCAAUGAAUUACAGUCCAAAAUAUCAACUGCACGUGAAACUAGAACCCAGAUUGAAGGAUUGAAAGAAGCAGUUAAGAAUACAAAAUAUAGACUUACAGGUACUUCAAUGUACAUUGUACAAGGUACUCCCCUACCUGACCCCAGCCAACCGAAAUCAACCAGGAAACCCAUAUAUUGGCCGGAGAACUUCGCACAAAAAUAUCGUUCGGUCGUCAAAUCUGAGGAUGAAUGUACGUCCUUGAAAAACACAUCCGGUAUCCAGGUACCUUCAAAAUCAGGGUCUGCGAAGGAAAAAGUUCUUGGAAUUAAAAGUGAUUAUAUCCCACCUUAUCCACAAGUAAGAGUUAGGGCGAUCGAUUUCGCGAGAGGAUCAAAACAUGACGAUUACGACCAAGGUACGAUUCAGGGUUUAGAUACAGCUUCAAAUUGCAUUGGAAACAGCUUGAUGGAGAUGGAAAAUGAGGAAACCAGACUUCUCAGUCUAUACGAUACUCAUAGAAAACGAAUCACGGAUACAGUGCCUAGUCAAUCGGAUUUCAAGUCAUCGACUGAGCCCACGGAAUUUAGGAAUCGUGAGAGGAGUGAUACGAGUGAUAUGAGUGAUGAGAGUGAUAUGGAUGCUAUGAGUGACAUGAGUGAAGAGGUUGAUCAGAGUGAUAUGAGAUCAUGGUGGGAAGAUUGA